AUGGCAGAUUUGGAUUUUAUACAAGGAAAUGAGCAGGCUAUGGUUGAGAUCUGGAGUGAUUGGUUACCACCUAUACAUCAUUUAGCCUACAUACAAGACAAUUCGAUGUGCACAUUCAAACCUUGGGAAGGUACUAUUACAGCAGCUGAAGAUAAUAUUUGGAGAACUAUUCUUACAGACUUCAUGAAUUUUGGAAGAAUUCCAACGAAAGAAGAAAUCAGUAUUCCUACUAAAUUAACUGCAUUGGACAUGGCAAAACUGCAAGCAUACCAAUUAUCUCCGAUAGCUGAACCCAGCAAAGACCAGGAGAAAGAUACUGAGGAUAGUGUGCAACAUAAUAAAAAUCUGCGACCUUCAAUUGAGGAAGCACCGAAUUUAGAAUUGAAAGAGUUACCUGAACACCUUGAAUACUCAUUUCUUAGGGAAGGAACUUUGCUCCCUGUCAUCAUUGCCUCAAACCUUACAGUUGAUCAAAAGAGUGAUUUGAUGGAGGAUGAUCAUAAACCCUCACCCUUACCACAAAGAAGAUUAAAUCCAAACAUGAAGGAAGUACUAAGGGCUGAAGUCAUCAAACUCCUUAAUGCAGGCAUUAUCUAUCCAAUCUCUGACAGUGAGUGGGUGAGCUCAGUACAGUUUGGCCUUUGUAACGCCCAUGCAACUUUUCAGAGGCGCAUGUUGCCAAUUUUCGAGGAUAUGGUGGAAGAUUUCAUGGAGGUUUUCAUGGAUGACUUUUCUAUAUUUGGUGACUCCUUUGAUUUAUGUCUCAGAAAUCUGGAGCAUGUUCUUACUCAAUGCGAGGAGACUAAUCUUGUGCUAAGUUCUGAGAAAUGCCAUUUCAUGGUUCAUGAAAGGAUAGUUCUGGAUCACAAAAUCUCCAAGGAAGGAAUUGAGGUUUUUAUAGAAGAUUCAUUAGGGACUUUGCCAAAAUUGCCAGACCUCUAA